AUGAUGCAGUUCCUCACCUUUGCUUUCUUUGCUACUAUUGAGUGUCAUCGCCUGGCCAUGAUGGCCUACGACCGGCACGUUGCUAUCUGCCAACCCCUGCAUUAUGUGACCAUCAUCUCCAGCCGCGUCUGCUGGCAGCUGGUAGCAUCGUCCUACCUAUUUGCCUUCCUCAGUGCCAUCAUCUACACAUGGUGCACGUUUGGAGGUUCCUUCUGUGGACCCAAACACAUUGACCGUUUCUUCUGUGACAUCAUACCUGUGCUUAAACUCCUCUGCCCUAAUAAAUACAACAGCGAGAUGGUCAUCUUUGCCUUUCUCACCACCAAUGUGGUCAUGAGCGUGGUCAUUUUGCUCUCCUACGUCUCUAUCAUCCGCACCGUGCUGAGGGUGUGCUCAGCACAGAGCAGGGCCAGAGCCUUCCACAGCUGUGCCUCCCAUUUGACGGCUGUUGCCUUAUUUUUGGGGACAUCAUUCUUCAUGUACCUACAACCUCCUUCUAGCCACAGGAGCCUGGACAAGGUGGCCUCCAUCUUCUACGCUUUGCUCACCUCCAUGCUCAACCCAUUCAUCUACAGCCCGAGGAACAAGGAGGUGAAGGCAGCUCUGGUCAAGUGUGAGAGGAGAUUGCUCAGCAGAUGGCAACAUAAAAGAGUUGUAUCACCUAGCACACCAAGUUCAUCUUAA